AGCGGGCCGGUAGACGGCGCCGCCGGGCGGUGCGUGGGGCGCCGCCAUGCUGCUGCGGCUCCUGCUGCUCGCCGCGCUCUGCGCUGUCGCCCACGUCCUAGAUGCAGGGUCGGCCCCGAAACAACCAGGAUCACCAUCAGUCUCCUCCAGCAACGCCGGAGCAUCCCCCGGCUCUGGAGCAGCAGCUGGGCAUGAUACCACAGAUAACAAUCUAAACAGGAGCCUUGAAGCUACCGAAGAAAGUAAAGAAAAGUCAGAGAGCCCUCAACCAUCUUCAUCUGGUGGUGCAGGGACCACUGGUGAAACAGAGCGGAAGGACUCAGAUCAGAAGGCAAAAGAUACAACUGACCAGAACAGCGCCAACGGCGGGAGCCAAGACACUGAUAACAACAACAAUAACAAGAACCAAGGUGGUGGUCAGGGCAGCACCACCCAGACUCAGGGAGGUGGCCAGGGCAGCAGCGACAAGAGCCACACCAACGGCCAGGCUGACGAGGACAACGAUGACGGUGACCAGAAUGACAACAGCAGGAGCCAGGGCAACACACAGAAUGACAGCAAUGAGAACGAGACUGAUGACCAGAACGGCAAUGGUGGGAGCCAGGGCAACGACCAGAACGGCAAUGGUGGGAGCCAGGGCACCGGCCAGAGUGGCAAUGGCCAGAGUGGCAACGGUGGGAGCCAGGGCAACCGCCAGAGUGGCAAUGGCCAGAGCACUAACAGCGUGAGCCAGGGCAAUGGCCAGAGUGGCAACGGUGGGAGCCAGGGCAACCGCCAGAGUGGCAACGGCCAGAGCACUAACAGCGUGAGCCAGGGCAAUGGCCAGAGUGGCAACGGUGGGAGCCAGGGCAACCGCCAGAGUGGCAAUGGCCAGAGCACUAACAGCGUGAGCCAGGGCAAUGGCCAGAGUGGCAACGGUGGGAGCCAGGGCAAUGGCCAGAGUGGCAACAGCAGGAGCCAGGGCACUGGCCACAGUGGCAACGGCCAGAGCACUAACAGCGGGAGCAGUGGCAACGGUGGGAGCCAGGGCAAUGGCCAGAAUGACAGCAAUGAGAACAAGACCGAUGAGCAGAGCACCAACGGUGGGAGCCAGGGCACCAGCCAGAGUGGCAACGGUGGGAGCCAGGGCAAUGGCCAGAGUGGUGCCAGCCAGAGCACCAACAGCGGGAGCCAGGGCAACGGCCAGAGUGACAACAGCGAAACCAAGACCAAGGGCCAGAACGAAGCAAGCAAGAACGAAGCCAAUAGCCAGGGUGGCAGGAACCAAGCUGAUGAGCAAAGUUCGUCGGGAGUUCAGAAAGGAUCAACACAAUUGGCUUCACCCUCGGCCGAAAGUAAAGCCACCUCCAAAGUGUCGCCGGAGAGUGGAGGCUUUCCAGAGGAUGGAGGUGACUCCCAGCAGGACGAGCGCGAGGUUAAACUGGGCGACAAGGUGGGAAAGAAGAGCGUUCCUGCUGCUCUUCCCAAGGCCAAGUCAGAGAGCAGCCACUUCUUUGCCUACCUGGUGACAACAGCUAUUAUCAUUGCUGUGUUAUACGUUGCGUAUCACAACAAACGAAAGAUCAUCGCUUUUGCCCUGGAAGGGAAAAGAUCAAAAGUUGUUCGAAGGCCCAAGUCUGGCGAUUAUCAGAGACUGGAUCAAAAGAUCUAGAUUCCUCUUAGGGAUGGUCUGUGCUCUGCUGUGUGGAAUAAAGAAUUUGGCUUGCAAUGAAAUUGCAAAAUGCUGGGAAACCCAUGGACUUCCUGGUUGUAGCGCUUUGAAUCCUAGCUGUGCUGCCGUGUUCAGAUCUGAGAGCUGGAAGAGGGGAAGAUGCUUUUAGUGUGGCACCUGCACCUUGGUAAUGUUAAACUUCUCACUUUCUUGAACUGUGUUUCUCCUUUCCCCAAGUGCAUGAAGAUGAACUAGUUUUCAGCUUUGGCUUCCGGUCUGUGACCCAAGAAAAGCCAGUUUCCAGCACUUGACAGAAUUUUUGUGUCCAAAUGAAGUGGAGUUUGCCAUCUACUGUACUGACGUCUCUUUUUUGGGGUGAAAAAACAAUCUACCUGCGAAAUGAGCCAUCUGAUUCUCCUUUCAGAGUUAUAGAGCUGUCUUUGUAACCAGCACGGUCUCAAUUGAGACAUAGACGCUUUCUCCUUCUGUCCAUUGUAUUUGGAUGCUAAAGUUCCUAACACGACUGAUUGCACUAGUUUGUAAAUUGUCUGCCAAGGACUCCGGUUUGAUAAUUUGUUUGGGUUUUGGGGUUUUUUUGUUUUUUGUUUUUUCUUUCCUCUGUAAUGAAGACGAUGUUAGUUGGCAUCUAGGUUCUCCCCGUGGUGCGCAUCUUUGGAAGCGCUGCAGCUGCCCUUUAGCCCUUUGGGUGCAGCUUAAGCUUCCUAACCUGCAUCUUGGAGGCUGGGCUCUGCGCGGGUCUUCUUCUGCACAAUCCCUAGAGUUCGUACAUUUGCACUAAAACCAGCAGCUGGCGUUUGAUGCUGUGAAAGAGGGCAAGGUAGGCAUCUUGAGUUUUGUGCCAAAUUGCUGUGGUGAAGUUGCAGCAGGCUUUGCCUUGAAAGAUCGCAGUGCUGUGCGUUGUAAAAUGUCAUUUGGGGCGGAUGAAACGGCUUCAGUGCUUGCGGUGGUUCCGCGCGCAGAAACGUCUCCUUUCUUUCGCGGGCUGCGCGUGAAAGGCCUUACAGCAUGCCUGGCAGGAUCUCUUUCUGCUCCUCCACGGCUCUGCGAUCCCCCUGCUUUGAGAAGUUUUACAUAGUUUGAACGUACGAAUAACCAGCUGCUUGUUGCUGAGCUGGUUAUUUUGGUAAUACUGUGGAGCACUUCAAGAUAUACCAGCACUAGCUAUAUUUAAGGCUGCAAAACGUGUUGAUUCAUUACUUGAAGCCGCAAUCCUGUUUGUAUUUUUGUAGUUCCACUCCAAAGAUGUUUGUCUGAGACAAGAUGUAUUGGAAGAGAGCGUAAAGUGCCUGCCCAGCUCAUUCUUUUGUUUUUUUUUUUUUUUUUUUUUUCCCAACACGGGCAGAAUAAAAUCGGUGUGAUGCAUUUGGGGUUCUUCGCACGGGUAACUGUCCCCGCCUGCCUCUCGUGCCACCUGUACACGAGUCACCUGCUCUGUGCACUUGUCAACUGACUGCGCAGGAAGAAUCCUGUCCUCCGGUGAGAGUUGCUGAGCAUUAACUUCCCUUCAGCUCGCUCCAAAGUGACUUGUGGCACGAGGCUGGCCUCUCUCUGGCCUUCUGGAGGUCAUGGGCGCUCGGUAACGGGUGCUAAAGGGAGUCACGUUUGAUAGAGAAGUUUCCUUGUCUAGAUGUGGAAGUAUCUCGCUCGUGGUUCGUUUCCUUGUAGGAGGGAAGAAUCAUAGGGAGAGGGGAAAAAAAAAGAGGCGGUUUCCGUGCAGGACUUGACACUCUCUUAAACUAAAACCUUUCUUUGACCAGCUGUUAGCAAACACAGAGGGAGAAUAGGAGAAAGUUGCCGGUUUUUAAUAGCUUUCAAGGUUCUCUUAAUUUCCCUUACUUUUCUGAUGCUAAAAGGACUUGCAAAAGCUCUUUUGGAGAGUGGGAGAGCGGGAGCGCGAAGUAGGGGGAAGAGAAAGGAGAGCAAGCCUGGGAACGUAGCUGUUGAGGGAAACACGCCUUCCAAAAAGGAUGGGAGCUCACGAAACGAGACGUCGCUGUUUUCGCAAUACCAAAUAAGUCUGAGACUGACUGUUGUACGGCUGAUUCCUUGGCAGGAUGUAGCGGUUUUAGCCUAAUGAUAGUGGUAGAGGGGGAGUGUUCAAAGAUGUGAAACACCAUGUGGUUUUGAGCUGCUCACUGCUGAAUCCUUAGAGUUUGUAUCUGCCGUUUUCCUGUUUGGUCCUGUUUUUAAAAUUGGAAAAUAGUUUUUGGAGGUUUAUUUCUAUCUUUUAUAUAUAUAUAUAUAUGUGUGUGUGUGUGUGUGUGUAUAUAUAUAUAUAUAUAUAAAAUAUAUAUAAUGUAUAUCCAGAGAGUUUUUUUGAGUGACUUCCAACCCUUUCCGUUUCCAAAUUGCGUCGGAAGUCCCGCCGCCGUUACUAGCGCAGUUAGCUGUUAACAGCCAGCCGGGUUUAGCAAGCUCUCAUGCUAGCAGGACCAUCGCGCCUCCGUCGUCGCGGCUGCUGCUCCGAGCCUCUCCGAUCACCCCGCCGAGCCGCGAGCUCCUUCGGCGGCUUAACGCGCGGGGGCCGGCAAAGGCGGCUUUCGCUGAGCUCUCCCGGGCAGGCGUUACUUGUGACGGCUCCAAGCGCGAGAGCGUUGGCGCGGUCCCCACCUGCGGAAGCGGCUCCCGAAAUGCCCCGAAACCUGGUUCCCCUGCUAAAGCCGAAAGGCUCCAACUAAUUCUCCUCUCAGCCGGCAGUUCCUGAGCACAGUUUAUUUCUGGCAACAGUUGCUAUAAUUGUCUGAACUAUGUGAAACUUCUGGGAAUGAUUUCUGUAUUUUGUUUUUUUUUUUUCUUUAACAGUAUUUAAUUUUAUGCAAUAUGUUUCAAACCAGCUGUAGUCUGUGUAACUUUUUCCCUUUGGGCACAACAUGUUUUCAAAUGGGUGGUAUCCAUCGGUACAUUUUUUUUCUUUUUUUUUCUUUUUUUUGCCAAACGUCACUCCUUUUAGGGUGGUUACCCGGCCAGUUUGAAUCUCCGAAUGGUUUGUUUCCUGCUGCAGUGAAAUGCAACUUGCUUUGAAGGAUCACAAUUUUUAUAUUUCUUUGUACUUUUCUUUUUUGUUGUUGUUCUUGUGUGGUGAAGUCAAUAAAUGGAUCUAAAACCCA